AUGUCCGACUUUAUCGAGGUUUAUUCUACCGUUCCAGCGCAGCUGGUGACGCUCUUGAGCAACCACUUGCCCUAUUCUCUUUCACUUCUUCGGAGACUACAAUUCACUAAAUUCGAAGGGGGACUACGAAAAACAGCAAAGAUUUGUUUUGCAGCCGACUCCAAACUGGAUGACGAAGAGUCCCCAAAGAGAUUCACGGCUAUGUAUAUUGACGUGGGGGGUGGCCCUGACACACAGGCAUGGAUCUAUUCGACCUACGAACACCCCGACCAAGCUACGACCAAUGACACAACCAUCUAUGAGAAACAACUUGACAGGAUUGUCCAAGAGAGUAUCAAGAUUGCAAGGGAUCACGGCCGACAGCUUGUAUACGACGAUGCUGUCUUGCUUGGAACACUUCAUGACUCUGUUCGUGAACUUCUGUACAAAACAGGACGAGUAGAACCACGCGAAACAGGAGCAUACGACAAGUGGCUUUUCAAGUACGAUGAUAUACCCAAGGACGAAGUAGAAUUGCCCGAGGGUAUGAAAUGGGGAACGGCAACGGAUGAUGACUGUCGGAUUGUCAUCUCGCGAACUGAUAUCCCUAGAACUGUACAGGUUUUGCGUCGUAUGCCAAGUUUGAUGAUCAAGCUCGAGGAUGGCACUCCCGUAUCUUGGGCUUUUCUGGGUUUCGACGGUUCACUGAUCAGUCUUCACUGUGAAGAACCAUAUCGUCGACGAGGACUGGCCAAGACACUCGCUGCAAAGUUGUUUCGUGAAAAGUCCCUCGACUUUGCGGAUGAUGGUUGGUGUUGUGCAGACGUGGCGCCUGAGAAUGAUGGGAGUAGGGGCAUGUGUAAGAGCUUGAAUGGAAAGCCUUACUGGAGGGUUUCGUGGGUAUUGUUACACGUUGGAGAGAAAGUACAGGUUUGA